AUGGGCUCGGCAAAUUUAUCACCGUCUUCUUCCGGCCAUAUUGAUAUGUCAAUCUCAGGGCUUCAUGAAAAGCACAAAAUGGAGCUAGAAAAUUUGACUCUAACCACACAACCUUUCAAAACAUUGAAAUACUCCACAUUGGCGGUUAUUCAAUACAUAAAGAAAACAAUGUUGUACUUAUUGGCAAAAGGAGGAUGGCUUCUGCUUUUCAGUGUUGUGGUAGGGACUCUCGGCGUAGUGCUGAUGGCGCAGGGUUGCCUGCAUGAGAAGCAUCUUGAGGAGUUUCUUGAAUAUUUCCGCUUUGGACUAUGGUGGGUGGCCCUUGGGGUUGCAUCGUCAAUUGGUCUUGGAUCUGGUUUGCACACAUUUGUCCUAUAUUUGGGUCCUCACAUAGCACUAUUUACAAUAAAAGCAAUGCAAUGUGGCCGAGUUGAUUUGAAAAGUGCUCCUUAUGAUACAAUACAGUUAAAAAGAGGUCCUUCAUGGCUUGAUAAAGAUUGUUCUCAGUUUGGGCCGCCAUUAUUCCUGUCAGAGUAUGGUUCUCGGGUUCCACUUAGCAGCAUCUUGCCUCAAGUUCAGGUGGAGGCUGUUCUAUGGGGUUUGGGAACGGCUAUAGGGGAGCUUCCUCCUUACUUUAUCUCCAGGGCAGCGCGCUUGUCUGGGAGCAAAGUGGAUGGCAUGGAAGAGUUAGAUAGUGACGAUAAAGGAGUCUUGAAUCAAAUCAAGUGCUGGUUUUUAUCUCACACACAGCAUUUAAACUUCUUUACCAUUCUAGUGCUUGCUUCGGUGCCAAAUCCUCUAUUUGACCUUGCUGGCAUCAUGUGUGGACAAUUUGGCGUUCCGUUUUGGAAUUUUUUCCUUGCAACUUUGAUUGGAAAGGCAAUUAUUAAAACUCACAUACAGACAGUAUUCAUCAUCUCAGUUUGCAAUAAUCAACUUCUCGACUGGAUAGAAACUGAACUUAUCUGGGUUCUCAGCCAUGUACCGGUUUUUGCAUCCGUUUUGCCUAAACUAGUUGCUAAUCUCCAUGCAAUGAAAGCUAAGUAUCUGAAAGCACCUCAACCAGUUUCUCCAAAUACACAGGGGAAAAAGUGGGAUUUCUCUUUUACUUCAAUCUGGAAUACUGUGGUAUGGCUCAUGCUCAUGAACUUCUUCAUCAAGAUAGUGAAUUCAACCGCGCAGACGCAUCUGAAGAAACAGCAGGAGAGGGAGCUAGCCGCAUUAACCAAAAAGUCAGAUUCAGACACACAAUGA